AUGGCUGCAGCGCAACACAUUUACCAGAAUAUCCGGGUUUACUGGCUCGCUUUUGUAACGUACUGGGGAAUUGUACUUUUCGGUUACGAUACCGGUAUUGCUGGAGGCGUUGUCUCGCAAACUUUUUUUCAACACCGCUUCGGCUUGGUAAAUACCGAUGGAACCAUCAACAUUGCACGCUCAAAUGAGGUCUCUUCCAACGUUGUUUCUGUCCUUCAAGCUGGAGCAUUCUUUGGCGCUCUUCUUAGCGCACCACUUUCGGCCUGGGCUGGUCGUAAAUGGACUCUUGUUGGGUUUUCCGUAAUCUUCGCUGUUGGGGCUAUACUCGCCACCGUCGCAGAUCGCGGUCUUGGUUUGAUCUAUGGCGGACGUGUCGUCUCAGGAUUUGGCAUUGGCGGUAUUUCCGCCGUUGCCCCCGCCUAUGUGUCCGAAUGUUCUCCAAAAGAUGUUCGUGGGCGUAUUACUGGUCUGUUCCAAAUCAUGGUGGCUCUCGGCGUUAUGAUUUCAUACUUCCUCAAUUAUGGCAUCAGCCAAAGCCCUACGUUGAAGUCCAGUCCUCUGAUUUGGCGUCUUCCAUUUGGUUUCCAGCUUGUUCCAUGUGGCAUCAUGUUGUUCGGCUUGCUCACCGUCAAAGAAUCGCCCCGUUGGCUCGCUUCCGUUGGCCGCCACGACGAUGCGCUUCGCAAUCUCGCCUAUCUCCGCAUGGAUCGCGAGGAUUCAGAGUCUGUUCUUCAUGAGAUGGCCGAAAUCGACACGGCCAUUGCGGAAGAGCACGCUGCGCGUGAAGGCUUGGGGUUGAAGGAGGCUUUCUUUGGGAAAGGCAAUUUUAUUCGUUUCGUCAUCGCUUUUGUGAUCUUCCUCCUCCAACAAUGGGGCGGACAGAACUCGGUUGGUUAUUACGCCCCUCAAAUCUUCGCAUCCAUCGGGUACACCGGUGCAAAAAAUUCUCUUCUUGCAUCCGGUAUCUAUGGUGUCGUUAAGCUUGUCGCCACAACAUUUUUCGUCCUCGUCCUCACCGACAGCCUAGGUCGGAAAAUUUCUCUAUUUAUAUCCUCAAUGGGAAUGGGCAUUUUGUUUUUCAUCAUCGGCGCUAUCCUUAAAACAAACCCUCCUCCGAAAGCCAUUCCUGGUCAGAUCAUUAAUCCUCCUCCCGCCUCCAAGGGUAUGGCCGCGAUGUUGUACAUCUACGUCUGCUUCUAUUCUUUGGGAUGGGGCCCCCUUCCCUGGGUUUACGUCGCCGAUAUAUUCCCAACUCGGACGCGGCACUAUGGUCUCGCUCUCGCCAGUGCAUCCCAAUGGCUCUGGAACUUCGUCACCUCUAAAGUUACGCCACAAAUGGUCACGAAUCUCGGUUACAAAAUCUUCCUCAUGUUUGCUACGGUCAAUAUCGGAGCGAUGGCCACAUUCUCUCUCCUUAUACCAGAAACCAAGGGUCGUAGUUUGGAGGAUAUGGACGUCAUCUUUGGCUCUAUCACGGCAGAACAAAGGCAGGCUAACAUUACGAAACAAGAAGGUGCGUCUAUUCUAACAACGUCCAACGUUGAAAUUUUGUAA